UCUAAUUUUUAGUUAACUCUUAACUAUCUUUUAAUAAAAAUCUAAUAUAUUGUGAGUGGCCUGGCAUUGCUUUGAUUGCUAUUAUAGAGUUUUUGGAAGGAUUUUACGUGUUCAAGUUGGUGUGAAAUGGAGACGUAUUUAUCGAUUCGAAAUCGAAAUCACCAUAACCCCAUGGUAUUCUAUGCGACAGCUGACUUGAAACAGACUUGAAACUUGAACGGAUAGUACGUGAGUUCCAAACAGGGACAUGGAUGACAAUAGUUAGGGAACGAAUUGCGCACCUAUUCUGUCUGUGAUCAGCGCUUUAACCAUUAGUUCAGCAAGGUUCAUUGGUGCCCUCAGACAUUUUGAAGAUUGGUAAUAGUAUCUAUUAUUGCUACAAUGGCUCCGAAAGAUGUUCUUCUUGUAGCGUGUGGUUCCUUCAACCCACCAACAAUCAUGCACUUGAGAAUGUUUGAAAUUGCCCGUGACCAUCUUGAGCGGCUAGGCCAGUCUAAAGUGAUUGGUGGUGUCAUGUCUCCGGUACACGACGCCUACGAGAAGCAAGAUUUAGUAUCAUCUGGACAUCGUUGCAGCAUGCUCAGGCUAGCAUUAGCAGAUCAUGAUUGGGUAAGACUGUCAGAAUGGGAAUGUAAACAAUCGGGCUGGACAAGAACUCGUCAGGUUUUACAGUACCACCAGAACCAAUUGAAUUCUACUUUGAAUGCUAAUUGCAACUCUCCUCAUAAACGCCAAAAGAAGUUCCUCGGAAUUGAUGAAACUGAUGAUGUUGGACAAGAAAAUUUCAAUGAUUGGAUCCCUGAUAAAUUAGAUGGCUCAUGUAAUGAGGGACCAGUGAAAGUAAUGCUUCUUUGUGGUGCAGAUGUUCUGGAAUCAUUUGCUAAGCCAGGGCUGUGGAAUAUUAAAGAUAUAGAAACCAUUGUGAGUCAGCAUGGCUUAGUAGUAAUCACAAGAGAAGGGACCAAUCCUUACAGAUUUAUUUAUGAAUCUGAUGUGCUCACUAAGCAUAUGAGCAAUAUCUUUAUUGUUACGGAAUGGAUUAGCAAUGAAGUGAGCUCAACUAAAGUUAGACGAGCGCAUCGAAGAGGUGACAGCAUCAAAUACUUGGUUCCUGAUUCGGUUAUGAAGUACAUAGAUCAGAAUCAACUCUAUGUGGACGGAUCUAAUUCAACAACCAAUGAUAAUAAGUAUCAACGACAGUCUGAACUAAUUAGUAACAGGAGUGGUGGAAUUCGUCAUUUUAGUUGUGAUCCUUCAACUCCUAAAAGAAGUGGGAGAGUUGUAAACUUCAAAGUAAAAUCUCAUGAAAAUAUCUCUAAAAUGGCAGAAUUUUUGGGUGCUGAGUUUGGAAGUGUAGGAGAAGGGCAUGAGCUAUGCCUUAAUGAAGAAAAUAUGAAAAGGUCAGCCAUGAAUCUUUCAAAAGUCAUCUCUAAGUCCACAAGCCGUGAUUGUUUGGAUGGACGUAAGAGACCUUUAAGAACUUCAAAGAGAAAAAAGUCUUCUCGGAAGGUAAGAACCUGAGUUUUAAUGGCCAUCCUGUGAUCAAUUUGUCAUCUCCUGCAAGGAGAACAAGUUAGUUAAUUUAUUGUUAAGUGUCAAGAAUUGUUAGACAAAUCCAAUAUUGUAUCAGCUUUAUUUGCUAGUAAUGCUGAUUUUACAAAGUUUAAUUAUUUGUUUUGGUUUGUUGUUAAAGUUUGAUGCUCUAGUGUUGCUUUCUGACAAACCAAGAUACUUUUACUUUUGAAAUGUGUACAGCAAGUUGUUACUGACAGUCAAUGUUCAAAGUAGCAAUCAAUGAACAUCUAUCAAUACCUAGCCAUCACUAUAGUAUCUUUAAGUUUUUAUAUCUGUUUUUAUUUGAUGUUAUAAUGUGUUUUUUUCCAAUGUCUUUUUAACUACUCUACUUUCUUUGCGUCUACAAGGGGUCUAUUAUUGUCAUGUCUCGAAUUAGUGACAUAAGUUUCAUAAGAAAGUCUUGUAGUAGGUAGGUGUAUUCGUGUCCCUACUUGUUAGUUAUCUAGUGAUAAAUUGUUGCUGCUGUAAUUCUAUUGUUCAAAAUUUCUCAUGAUGACCAAUAAUCAUUAAUCUAAAAUUAUACACAAUUUUAUGAUCUGUUUUGGUUGAUCUUUUAUUUGUGUAAAUGGAGGCUCUUACAAGUUUCAUGGCAAUUUCUUUGUAUAUUUGUAUCUAAAACAUGAGAAGCAGAGAUUAAAGGGGAUUUAGAUAGAAACACAUAA